AGAGAACUAGACUUCCCCAAGUUAGCGUGGCGCUCUCUGUAAUGUGGACCCUAAAACCAGUUGAGUGCUACUUUUCCUAUUUUGAUUGUUAAUUUUCUUUCAUUUUCUUUUAAAAGAAGAAUCAUUUGGAUCAGAAUUAAGUCCUUUUUGUGUAUGUUGUUGGCUGAAGUAAGAGGAGAGCCAUCUCUGAUUACCUAAUUCCCCUUCACCCACCACCCAUUUUCCUUCAGAAACAUACAAAUUGUAACCGAAAUUCCAGUGGCUUGUGUUUCCGAUUCCAGUGGCCUUGCAUUCAACGCAUAGAUAAGUCUCAUUUCGAAAGGAUAGCUAAGCAGAGGCUUUACUAUGCGGACUGGGUCAGCGGACAGAUAGGAAGAAGCUUUUAAAGUCAAGUUGAGACUUGGCGCAAGGAGCAGUCCGCGGCAAUCCCAAUUCAAUGCUCUAGGCAAUCCAUCUCAGAGUGAGUUAUGAACAGCUUGGGAGGAAGACCUUCGGGUCUUAGUCCUAUGAUUAUCAAGGAAAAAGAACACGAGGAAGAAGUGGUGGUGGUGGUGAUAUGAACAGAUGGAUAGAUUAGGGGACAAAUGGUGAUAUGUAGACAAAUAAAGGGAUGACACAUGGAUAACUAGUUGACACUUAGAGAGUUAGUUGGACAGUUGACAAAUAAACAGAUAAGUAAGGAAAUUCCGUGGAAAGCCCCCAACGUGUCUGAAUGGAUUUUUCUACAUUGAUCUUGAAGUGAUUUUACAGAAGAUUGAGAUUUAAUUUUACAAAAGUUGAAGUUUUAAAGGUUAAUUUGGGUGGAGAUGGAGCAGAAAGGCGGCACACAUUAAUCAGACUCGCCCAAGGAAGAAGUCAACUAAAAAGUUGUCCAAAGAGGAUCUCUCCUCUUGUCAGUCAGAAGAAGUAGCAUUAUCCAUAGACAGGGAAGAGCACGGUAUUCAUUUCGAAGCAAUAAAGAAAGUUGCGUCAUCUGGAAUGGAAUCGGACGAGAAGAAAAAAGCCUCACCUUCGUCUGCGUCAAAGCAAGUCUUUGACAAGGAAGAAGGACUUACUUCAUCUUCUCCGGACAAGGAAGAAUGCGUAGGGAUGAUACGAAAAAUUGAGGCUUUGACAAGGAAGUUUGACUUAAUUCAUCUUCUCCGGUCAUACCAAUCAGAAUCAGCUCAUCAUGUCUGGCUAUACCGACCACAAUCAUUUGACUUUCGCCUGAAAUUCGAUCAAUUACCACAACAACUAAGAGAUCUAAAAGCUUUGGUAUCAAAUAACAAUCAUGUCAAACAUGAAAAAUUUCAUGUUCAAAAACGCAUUAAUACUGUCAAAGACAGCAUUGAGGAGAUAUUUCAAGAUGUUAAAAGAAACUCGGUCCAUGGAGAUUCAGGAAUUUGGGCUUUUAUACCUCAAGAAGAAGAUGAUAUUAUGAGCUUAGAUGAGAGUUUGACACAAAAAAGCUUUUCCCGUGAAGAUUCUGCUAAUUGGACUGUCAAACGCCAAGAAGAUGAUAUUAUGAAGUCAUAUGAGGAGAACUUGACAGAUAAAACAGAGGUUGGGCUAACGCCUGAAACUAGUGGAGAUGAACUUUUGGAAAUAGCUAUCGAUUCUGCUGUUCGCCAAGUUUCAAAUUGUAUUCAAGAUGAAAUUCGAAAGAUAGAGACUUUCCGGCCCGUUUCAAAACGGAGUGGAUAUGGAAUAAUUCAAAAGAUUGGGAUUUCAGGGCUCGGAGGGGAGAAAGUAGCAAGCGCAUUAAAGGAUAUGCAAAUGGUCAGAGACCAGUGCAGUGUUGUCCUCUGCAUCUCUGUCUCACGACAUCACAGCAUCGAAGAGGUUAGGCAGAACAUCGCAACACAGACUGGCAGAUUAAGAUCUCGUAAAACUGAUCACACUUCGGAGGGAUCGCUAGACCAAUAUUUGCCUGACAACUUCUUGCUGCUUGUGGAUUGCAUUGAUGGGAAGAUAGACCUACAUGACUUAAAAAUCCCUGAUUGUGGAUUCCUAGUGCUUACAACUCAAUCGCAAAAAGUCCAUGAGAUAAUGGAUUUGGAUUUGGAGAUCAGAAUGGAGGAUCAUCUGUUACCCUGGAAAUUAUUCUGUAGGAAUGUGGGCCAGUCACUUGUUCAUUCUUCCUCUGUCAUCCAACAAAUGGCCGCCCGGUUAGUGAAAGAGUGCCACGGCCAUCUGUAUGCCAUUGUUCUUCUUGCGAAGACCUUGAAAGGUGUGACUGAUAUUGGUGUGUGGGAAUUUGCACUCAAAAUUAGCAUCACGAUCCUCCCACCAGCAGGAAUAUGGAAUGAGCCAAGCAUGGUUUCGUGUGUUAAAAUUCUUUUGGCAUCAGAAGGACAGCAUAACAAAACGUUACAUUAAAAACUUCACAGAUUGCCAGAAAUGGAGUGCAGAUUCAUUAGUAUCAUCUUGGAUUAAGAAUGGUUUAGUUGAAACAGAGGAAAACGGAAAAGUUAUUAUUCAAGAACUCAUCAAUUCCUUCUUGCUAGAGAAUCUUGACAAUGGUCGCCAUGUCAAAAUGCAUAAAGAAGCUCUCGUUGUACUUCGUCAUUUUAGGCAAAGGGGAUUAGGAUUGACUGAAACACCAAGGGCUGAAGAUUGGUUUUAUUUCGAGGAGAUGGAGUUGAUCAAUAACAAAUUAUCUAAGCUACCAGAGAAACCCGAGUGCUUAUUUCUCCAAAAAUUGUUGUUACAUAACUAUGAUCUGAUGGAAAUUCCUCAACUAUUCUUUCAAGACAUGCCUUGCCUAACACAUCUAGAUUUGUCUUAUACUAGCAUAAAGUCUUUGCCACCUUCCAUUUCCAAUUUGAAAUCACUGAAAAUUUUCUUUUUGAGAGGUUGUGAACUGCUCAUGGAACUGCCGCCCAAUAUCGGAGCACUUGAGAAUCUUGAGCUUUUUGAUCUUGAAGGAACUGAAAUAAUGUAUCUGCCCCAGGAAAUUGGACAACUAAUCAAUUUGAUACGCUUCAAGGUCUCUUUCUGUCAACAUGCAAAUCACUGCAAGGAAACUAAACAGAUGAACACAACAAUCCCUACAGGGGUGUUGUCAAAACUCAAUAGAUUGCGGGAAUUAAUCAUUGAUGUGCAUCCAGAUGGUGAGUGGUGGGAUGCUGAUGCGAACGUAAUCCUGAAUGAACUAAGUAACUUAAAGUCGUUGUUUAUCCUUGAGUUGUAUCUACCAUCAGCUGAAUUGUUGCAACAAUUGUUGCAACGACUUAGACGGGAUAGCACAGAAUACUUAACUUAUUUUAGAUUCACGGUUGGCCGUCAUCGACAACGCAUCAUAUCCCGUCUACCCCAUGAAGUUGAAGAGAUAUUCAAGAAAAGAAAGGAAAGGACGAAAUGCCUUGAGUAUAUAAAUGGUGAAGGCAUACCAACUGAGAUUACCGAGGUACUCAACCAUGCCAAUUUUUUCUUCCUAGACCGCCACUGGACACUGAAGAUGCUUUCUGAUUUUGGGAAUGAAAACAUGGUAAACCUCAGAUUUUGCUUGCUGGUGGAAUGUAAUGAACUUCAAACUAUUAUUGAUGGAGAUUAUGAAUAUCUGUUGGGUGUGGAUAAGAAAUCUGUAUUCAAAAACCUGAAGUACUUGGGUAUUCAUUAUAUGUGGAAUUUACAAAGUAUUUGGAAAGGUCCAAUUGAUGAGGGUUGUCUAUCCAAUUUGAAAGUUUUGGCAUUGCAUACGUGCCCCAAUUUGACUACCAUUUUCACACCAGAUUUGCUUGGUAAUCUGAGGAUAUUGGAAGAGCUUAUAGUUGAAGACUGCUGCAAAAUCAAGAGCCUAGUAAGUCAAGAAUCUUCAGACCUGAAAAAUGGUUAUCUUCUCCAAUUGUUGAAGAGGAUAUCACUUCUUGACCUACCAGAAUUGGUUAGCAUUUCAGAUGUUCUAAGUAUCAGUCCUAUGUUGGAAAGUCUGAUUGUUUAUAAUUGUCCAAAACUUGAAACUCUUUACGCCAACGAAUCGCCUUCUAACAAAUAUUUGAAGAUCAAAGGAGAUAAGGAGUGGUGGGAAUCAUUAAAGUGGAGUGAAUCAGAGUCAAGCAGCAGUAUUCAACCAACUUAUGAGGAACUAGGAAGGGGUGAAGAUUUGAUGGAUGAAUUAGCUAGAGACAUCUAUUCACACCAACAGGAGAUGUAUUUUUUAUAGCUAGGUUAUGACAGCUUCAUGAAGUCCCUUGUGGUAGGAGAUUGGGACAAUCCAAUGGUGUUAAGGAGCUUAAGCUGAGGAAUUGUUGCUAUUGGUGGCUAUAAAUAGCAAUAAAUCAUCUUCAAGCAAAACCGAUCAGAUUAAGCUUCAUAUAUAGCUUGUUGGUUAAUUUCUUUCUUGUAUUAAUUUCUGCUUGUUUUCACGUCGUUGGAUACAUUGGAAUGUAAUGCUUUAUUUGCUUUAAUGUCUUUGAUACUAUAUUUGUUGUAAUGUCUUGUUUGGAUGCAACAGUGACAAUAAUUAUUGGUAGUGUUGUUUGCUAAUAAACUUGUUAUUGUUAUUUGCCUGAAA